AUGGCGCCCGCGUUGGCGGAACGGUUCACCCAGGCCGACUGGCUCGAGCAUGGCGGGCACGAGCUGCGCGCCGGCCGACCCCGGCCAACGUGGGCUCGUCUUGCUGCGACUGUGCAGUUCGGUCGGGGCGGAAGCACUUUCCUGUUUGGGCGCAUCGCAAUCAGUUUCGUGGUGGUGAACGAAGCAUGGGGGCUCCAGCGAAACCAGGCGCCACAGCUGCCCACCCUUCUCUCCGUGCAGGGGCCGGGGCGAUGGCGACCAGUCGUGAUGUUGAACAGGGCCUGUGCGGCGAAUGGCUCCGGGGCGCCCCUGGGCCAAAGCCCAAGUACAGAGUACAUGACACCGAGCAGCGACGCGCCCCUGGCCAUUCGCAGAGAGGGACAACGGGAACCCUUGCCGGGCACCGGCAGUCUUGUCGCUGGUCAAGCCCGCGACCGGGGCGUUCAUCUUUUGUGA